CCCUCUCUUUGUUCUUCCCCUCUCCUCUGGAUCUCGCCGACACGCCGCUUCCACCGAAAAUACACCUAGAACGACACCACCGCACGACUGAGCCAAGAUGGGACAAUCACCAUCCCAAUUCAUGGAGGACAUGCAAAAGCGGUCCAACUUCAACGCAAGCGAGUUGGAGAGGCUGAAGAAACGAUUCAUGAAGCUCGACAGCGACGGCUCCGGAUCGAUCGACCGAGAAGAGUUCCUGCAGAUACCCCAGAUCGCGAACAAUCCCCUCGCGUCACGACUAAUAGCAAUCUUCGACGAGGAUGGUGGAGGAACCGUCGACUUCCAGGAGUUCGUCGGUGGGCUGAGCGCGUUCAGCAGUCGAGGAGGACGGGAAGAGAAGCUGCGAUUUGCAUUUAAGGUGUACGACAUGGACCGAGAUGGGUUCAUCUCGAACGGCGAGCUGUUCCUCGUGCUGAAGAUGAUGGUGGGCAACAACCUCAAGGACGGGCAGCUGCAGCAGAUCGUCGACAAGACGAUCAUGGAGGCAGACAAGGACGGGGACGGGAAGCUCAGCUUCGAGGAGUUCGUCCAGAUGGUCUCCAAUACGGAUAUUGUAAAACAAAUGACACUCGAGGAUCUGUUCUAAUCCCUGCCGUCCAUGGACGACGGCCUCCCACCCCCGCUCCUGUGUUAUCUGCGCGCAUCACGAACGCUCUCGCUGCUAGCCGUCCCCGAGCCCCCACGUCUCCCCGGAUCACCAUGCCCGUCACGACCAGUCGUACCUACGCACGCUCGCUUAUAUCUGAACCUGCGGUUCCACUGCAUACCACCGAGUGUAAUAUCUGUCGCUGUAUCCCCCUCGUAUACUUAGGCCUAGGUUCUUCGCGCAAUCAUCUCAUUCUUCUUGCAUCGGCGGGCAGCAGACUCUACUUUUCUGAUAUGAACAUAAUAUGGGAGGAUGUAUGCG